UAGAAAUAACUAUAAUAAUAUAGGACAUAGAUAGGUACAGUGCUACAGUUAGUAGUUGAUCCAAUUCCAAACAUUCGAUAACUUCUUUUUUGGAACAUCAAUAAAUAUUUUACCUAUUUAUUAUUUAAAUUUUAAAUAUAUUUAUUAGAUUAGAAAAACCUAAAAUAAGUCACUUUAUAUUAUCUUGUUAUUAUUAGGUAUAAAAAUCAAGUGCAUAACUUGCUACAAUACAGUUUUGUUUUUUUACUUUUAAAUCACUAGUCAGUGAAUAACUAGUUCAUAUUUGUCAGGUAGACUGAAAGCAUUAACUUUGCAGUCAUAAUAAUAUAUUCUAUACACUAUGUCUCCACCAACUAUAAGGUCGUCUCAAGGAAAUACAGCCAGUCAGACGCAAGGGCCACAAUAUGCUAAAGUAUUUGUUCAACGAGACUAUUCUGAUGGCACAACUGUGAAAUUUAUGACGAGUUUCCCACAAGGACUUGAAAACAAAAUCGAGCGAACAGUUUUUGAAUAUACAAUCAAUCAGUUGAAUACUUAUUUCGCUGAAGCUGAAAAGGCUUCAUGUAAGACAUACUGUGAAGGCUGUUUUGCGUGUUUCACAGUGUAUACAAUGUUUUUGUGUGCAGAUACACAUUAUGAAAAAUGUUUACGAAAAGUUGGAAAAUUUAUAGUCGAACAGAAUGAAAUGGUCUAUUUACCAAGAGGUUUGCUGCUUACCAAUCCUGCUGAACGAGGUUUAAGAAUUAUUGAAAUCACUAUGCUAGAUCAACCUAUAGUGGCCAGAACAUGACUCACAUUAUCCGUUUCGACGGAAGAAUUCUUCAUGUGAAAAUUGUCUAAAAAUAUUUGUUGAGUGUUAUACAAAUACUAUAGUCAUACAAACAAAAUGUCAAUCUUACAAUGGUUUU